UGAGGGGGAGAGAGGGGCCACAGCACCAGAGGGGAGCGCCAGAGUGAGGGAAGACGUUCAGCCAGUUUACACCCAGCCGUCGGCCCGUCGACACUCAGACUGCUGUUAACUAGCAUACGUCAAGAGGCCAACUGAGCACCAAGAGAGAUGUGGUGGAGUGUGUUGGUGUUGGUGGUGGCGGGAGUGUACGCGGCUGACGUCAGCCCUCUGGAGCAGGAGGCGCAGCGCUCGUCUCAGAGACUCGACGCCGAGACCAGGCACCCGGACGUCCCCCAUAGUGAUGAAAUAUUGUUUUCGAUCCAAAACCAAAUCAAGUUGUUUCUUCAACAACAACGAACGCACUUUAACGUUCGUUUAGAUGCUCUGGAGGGGAAGAUGGAACAGUUAUGCACAGGAAAUAAGGAAGAAAACCAGUCAGAUAUGAACAGUAUUGAUAAUGUGCUUAACGUCAAAAUUGCCGAGAUGAUGGAUCUUUUUAUAGGGAAACUAUCGACUUUGGUGACGAAAGUAGAAGAAGUGGAGAGGAAAGUCAACAGUUUAUCCAGUGACGUCUUAAAUAGUAUGGAAAACAAACUGUCGCCGCUCAACGAUCACAUUAUUCAGGUGAAGCAAAGCAUGUCGUCCUUAGCGGCCCAGAACGACUUGUUGGAGCUGAAGAGUAAACUCUCCACUCUUGUGUCAACGACCACCUCCGACCUCAAGCAGAGUCUAGCGUCGCUAGCCACAUUGUCCCAUGUGUCAGACCACACGCAGCAGCUGGACGCUCGCCUCACAGAAGUCAGGGACCUGCUCACCGAUGGCUGUGUAGCGCCAGUCAGUGAAAACACAAACAUCUUGAACCAAGUGUUGAACUCAGUCACGCUGAACAAAGAGAGCAUCGACGGGCUGUCUACGACCCAGCAGGCAGGUGUCACGCAGUGUUUGGAUCACCAUACACAGGCCGCUGGAAACAUCACCGGCGCUCUACACGACCUGAAGGACCUGGCGAUGAACAACAACAGGAACCUGGACACCUUGUCGAGCACGCUUCAGGAGGUCACUUCAGACCUGAAAAGGCGGCUGACAGCCCUGGAGGGCACCGUGAGCAAGAUCGACAACAACACCCAACCACCCACAUCAACCACCACAACAACCACAACCACCACCCCAUUACCACCAACCACUCUAGGCCCGUUGACGCCGUGUGAGGACAGCACCUUCAUCGGCAGCUCUUCAACUCUCUCCGUCUGUAGCGCUGCCGUCCGCUUCAAGAAGUGUCGUUUGCAAUUCGUGGCCUUCCACUGCUGCAGCUCCUGCACCGCCGAUGGCCAGAUACCCGCCAUGGGGUCCUGGCGGUACCUCAACUACCCUCGCACAGUCACCAUACUCCAAGCCCUCAACUACAUGAGGCCCUGAACACCCCGUGGAGACGCACGUCUCCGCCCACCAAAUUACAAAAUCAUGUUAUAUGACAAUCUCAUAUAACAUGAUUAUAUAUUACUUUUGUCAACCGUCUACACUUACUUGUAAGUACAUUAUAUAUAGCAAUAAUUACAUCAAUAUUAAACCUAAAAUACAUCGGUAUUAUCAACCUAAAAUACUGUUACAGUAAUACAGUAUUAGCCCAAGAUGUUUGAUGUAAAUGUACACGUUAUAUUACGUAUUACCGCGAAGCAUAUUAUGUAAACCCCACAAUUAUUAUCCAUAAACCCUCAUAUUAUCUUUAUAUGCGGCGUAGAGCCAGAGAGUACCGCGCCCUUGACCCCUGUAACGCGGGUCCUGGACACUGACGCCACACACAACAAGUGGAGUGCCGCAGGAGACAGUCCUGGGAGCACACAUGUUUCUGGAUGACAUUAAACUAGGAAUUUAUAA